UGCUUUGCUUUUGCAGUAUAUUCCUAUUCCAGUCGUAAACGCGCAUUGUUAGGAGAUAGUAAGGCUGAGUUGUAUCGUUAUCGAUAUAAAAUAACAUCGCGACAUAAUGGCAAAGUGUGUAAGUUUUUUGGUGGUUUUGGCCCUUUUUGCGGUCGCUGUUAAUUGCGGUGAUGACAAGAAGGACGAGUUGAAGAUUGAUUCGAUAUUUAAACCAGAGAUUUGUGACGUUAAGAGCAAAAAUGGAGACAUGUUGACCAUGCACUAUACCGGUACUCUGACGGACGGUACUAAAUUUGACUCCAGUAUGGACCGUGAUCAACCAUUUACCUUCCAAUUAGGAGUAGGACAAGUAAUUAAGGGAUGGGAUCAAGGUUUAGUUGACAUGUGUGUUGGGGAAAAAAGAAAAUUGACCAUCCCUCCACAGCUCGCUUACGGUGAUAGAGGAGCCGGUAACGUUAUCCCUGGAGGAGCUACCCUUAAUUUCGAGGUUGAACUGAUCAACAUUGGAGACUCAGCCCCCACCACCAACGUAUUCAAGGAAAUUGAUGGCGACAAAGAUAAUCAACUCAGCCGUGACGAAGUAAGCGAAUACCUUAAAAAACAAAUGGUAGCUGCCGAUGGUGGAAACCCAAGUGAAGAAGUGAAAAACAUGCUUGCAGACCACGACAAAUUAGUCGAAGAGAUCUUCCAACAUGAAGAUAAAGACAAAAAUGGUUUUAUUUCCCACGAUGAGUUUUCCGGUCCAAAACACGACGAGUUGUAAGCAGCCCUUGCUUGAUUUGCACGAUUAAAUACACUUCGAGCAAAUUUUAUUAAUUAUUAAAAUUUAUAAAAAGAAAAAACGUAUAAUAAUUUAUACACAAUUUUCUUUUUAUAAAUCAAACGACUGAAUCGUGUGAAGUUUUAGUCAUAUCAAAUAAUGUUGAUAAAUUAUAAUUUUAUUUAAUUGUUUAUAUAAUUGCGGCAUUUUAUUAUUCUAUUAUUAAAUCGGUUUUUAAGUAGCUACGUAAAAUUACUAAAAAAAAACAUUUUUGAUACCUCAUAUAGUUGUAAGUUUUUUCAAAGGUAUAUUUGUUUAUUUGCCAAAUUAUUGUUUAUUUUAUUUUAAUUGAAAUUUAGUUUGGGCAAGUGUACAUAUUAAUUUUUUUUUGUUUAUUAAGAAUAAAUUUAAUACGUGUUUUCUCCAAAAUAAAGCCAAAUAAAUUAAUUUUGUUUUAACUAUGUUGUUGUAAUAUGUAUUAUAUUAUAUUAAUAAAGGUUUUUUUGAAUUA